AUGCUCCGAUCCUAUCGUGCAGCCCCACACGCUCUUGCUUCGACCUCGACUCCGGUUCUUUUGGAAGCCGGACCGUUCACUUCUCCUUCGCCUGGAUGGAGCACUGUAGAGCCCUGUCUCGGUAGCCCUGGUGCCACUGUUCUAUUGCACCCGUCCUCGAAUCUCAGUGAAAGCCAAUGGAGGGGAGGGAAAGGUGGGCGACUCCGCGCUUUCCGCAACAGGUGGGAGCAUGUCAAGCGCUGCGAUGCAGUCCCAUCUCUCAAGCCGCCACCUCUCUGGCCGCCACGCGUAUCGACAGCCUCAGCGCUUGCGCUGGUAGCUUUGAAAAUUUUCCGAAUUCCGAAAUUCUCAACCGUUCCCAAAUUCGCACCUUGCUUCGUCUCGCAUCCAACCGUCACCUCAUCCAUCUCGCUCUCUUCACGCACCCUCAGCACGAUGUCGGACCGAUACCAGGGCUCUGCCUACCGGGGCAACCGUGCUCCUCUGGACGAUCGACGCUACCCGGCACCUCCACGUCACCGCGAUGACGACUUCCGCUACGGCGCGCCGCGCGACUUUGGGCCGGCCUACUACUCUGAGCCGCGCGGCUAUUCGGGGCGCGGUCGGCGCGUGCACAAGGCGGUGCCGCCUCCGCGGCCGUGGGACUACAGCCGACGACCUCCGCCGCGGAAUGAUGAGGAGAGGGCGGCGCUUGAACGCGAGCGCGAGGCUUGGGAGGCGAUGGAGGCGCAGCGGUACGAACAGCGCAUGGAGGAACAGCGCCGCGAGAGGGAGCGCGACACGGCGCGCGCAGACCGCGCGCAGAUGCAACGCGAUGGAUGGUCGCGCGAUUUCGACGAAGAUAGGAGCUAUAGGCCGCCGGAGUACGAGCGACCACCGAGAGACUAUCCGCCACAGGGGAGGAGGAUGCGAUCGCGCAGUCCCGAGGCGGGGCACGCAGGGGCGACGUCGUGGGGUAGAACUUCGGUGGGAUCGGCUGGUGAGGGACGUGCGCUCGAGGCGAGGUACCCAGAUGCAGGCUAUGCGCGACGCACGCCGCCGCCUGCAGCACAUAUGGACGCGCCAGACCAGCCGUACGCAGGGCCAUCGGAACGCAUCGAGGCGGACGCGCACGCUACACCGCGCGGCCCACCACCGCGCGGCAUCGACGAGGGAUUCGCAGCCACGCCUCCGACUGGUCCGCGUGGAUCCGGCUACAGCCGACGUGGUGGUGCUCCACUACCGUCGCCCGCGUUUCGGGGUCGCGAGGGUUCGGGGUCUACUGGCGCGUACACGCCCGGAUCGGACCGCGAGCGCGAAGGUAGCAGCUACCUCUCGCCAUCCACCGCGCGGUUCCCACGCACGUCGCGGGACGGUCCACCUGCAGCCUACCGAGGCGGCCAUCCGUCCUAUGGUCGCGGACGAAGAGACACCAACCCGCACCCAUACGACGCCUACCCUCCCCCCGGUGGGGACGAGUACCACGGCGGCUCAUCCCCACACGAGGCCUCGCCAUUCUCACCAUCCACUGCUACACCCAACCACCUCUCGGCACCACGAUUAUCGCGCACCUCAUCGGCACACACUCCCACCGCCGCUGCUACCUCGUCGGUGGUGGUGCCGCACUUUAGUGCAGCAUGGAAGUUGACGCCCGAACUGGAUGCCGAGUUGAUGGCGCUCGAGGCGGCAAGGGGAGCUUUUGUGGGCAGUGCACUUAUGGGUGCAAAGCGCGCAGCGAUUAGGAAUGCAAGGGUCGAGCUGGCGGAUGCAGAGAUGGACGUGGCUGCUGCAGUCGGUAGACGACAAGCGGCAGAAAAGUCGUUGGAGAAUGCAAGGGAGACUGCCGAUGCGUACAGUUUGGAGGAGAAUAGGAAGGAGGAAAUUCAGCGUCUCAUGGCACAACAACUCCAGUCCGUCUAG